AGGAAUUCCACAGUACGCAGACUCCGUGGACUUCUCACGGUGUGACGUGUGCCCUCGCGCCCGGUUAGCUAGCUUCCAGGCUAGUUAGCUAGUUGUUGACAACAUCGUUCAUUGGAUUCGAUCGACGUUAACGCUGACGCUUCUUUCCCCAGUGACCCCCGAGUUCCAAAAUGGACGACGAAACUCACCCCAAAACACUGUAUGUGGGAAACCUCUCAAGGGAGGUGACAGAAAUUCUCAUCCUACAGCUGUUCACCCAGAUCGGCCCUUGUAGAAGUUGUAAGAUGAUCACAGAGCACACAAGCAACGACCCCUAUUGUUUUGUGGAGUUUUUUGAACACAGAGAUGCAGCUGCAGCACUAGCUGCCAUGAAUGGAAGGAAGAUAUUAGGGAAGGAGGUAAAAGUCAAUUGGGCUUCUACUCCCAGCAGCCAGAAGAAAGAUACAACCAAUCACUUCCACGUUUUUGUGGGUGAUUUGAGCCCUGAGAUUACCACAGAUGACAUCAAGGCUGCCUUUGGACCUUUUGGGAAAAUUUCCGACGCUCGUGUUGUGAAGGACUUGACGACGGGCAAAUCAAAGGGGUAUGGAUUUGUGUCCUUCUACAACAAACUGGAUGCAGAGAACGCUAUCCACAACAUGGGAGGCCAGUGGCUUGGAGGGCGUCAAAUCCGAACCAACUGGGCCACACGGAAACCACCCGUUCCUAAAAACACACAAGACAAUGGCUCCAAACAGCUGAAGUUUGACGACGUAAUAACUCAAUCCAGUCCCCAGAACUGCACCGUGUACUGUGGCGGGAUCCAGUCAGGACUUUCUGAACAUUUGAUGCGACAAACCUUUUCAGUCUUCGGUCAAAUCAUGGAGGUGAGAGUCUUCCCGGAGAAGGGCUAUUCUUUCAUCAGGUUUUCCUCUCAUGACAGUGCCGCUCACGCCAUCGUGUCUGUAAAUGGCACCGUCAUCGAGGGACAUGUUGUCAAGUGCUACUGGGGCAAAGAAUCUCCGGACGUGGCCAAAAGCUCUCAGCAGGUUGAUUACUGUCAGUGGGGUCAUUGGAAUCAGGUGUAUGGAAGUCCUCAACAACAGCAACCCCAGCAGCAGCAGCAACAGCAGCAGUUUGGACAGCAGUAUCUGACUAACGGGUGGCAAGUUCCCUCCUACAAUAUGUACGGCCAGACAUGGAACCAACAGGGAUUUGGCGUCGAGCAGACCCAGUCCCCUGCUUGGGUCGGGGGUUUUGGCUCCCAGUCAGCCCAAGCUGCGCCCCCAGCCGGUUCCGUCAUGUCUAACCUGGCCAACUACAGCAUGGCUGGAUACCAGACACAGUGAGCGGUGACUGCAAGCACAACACCAUGAGGACUUUGUGAGUCGUGUUACACCACAAGUGUGGCAGGUUGGGGCUGAUUUUCACAAAGCCAGAAGAGCCAUCUGUGGCCCCAAAAUUAAUUGACAUCUUCCAGAACCUUUAAAAAAAUUAAGAGAAUCCUUGUGCUUCGAAGAAAAUCUAAGACUUUGUUUUUAGGUGAGAUUUUCUAUUGUCUUUAAACUUUUCCAACCAUCAGUUUGAGGGAUAACAUACUACCCAGCUUCAAAAAACAGAUUUGUAUUUGAUAUGCGGUUAACGUGGACAACUACGGUUUUCACGUCACUAAAUGGAAUUGUAACAUAGUCAUACAAUAUAUCACUAUCCCAUUUAAAAACACAUUUUGUACAAGAGGCUAUUAUUCAGUGUACACAGUUGGAGGAAAGUUGCUCAGUAAGUGAGUCACUCCAACACCCCAGUUGGCUACUUUCCUUGACGCUUGCCAGAACUGCUUUUAUAAUUUUGAAUUUUGAAUGAAAAUCUGUUUGUGUUCAAAAGUUAGAUUUUCUUUCAACUUUUGUUGUGAGGCUUUCACAGAACUGACGCUAGAACAGGGGUCGACUCAGCGCUGCUUCGAGCUGAUGAGUGAUAUCCAACGUUUUGGAUGGGUUUGACUUUGAGUUUGCAUCAGUGUUUGUAACCAUGUAAUUGGCCUGACGUGAAUCUGAAUCACGAAUGCUGACUACAAGAAAUGUAAAACGACAAAGACAAUACAUUGUAAACGUAUGUGUGUGUGUGUGUGUUUCUGGGCUGGUCUCCUAGAGGAAUAUUAAAACCGGAAUAUUUCCUUCCAACUUUUCAUUAAUCUUGGUUUUGCUCAUGUCUUGUACAUGAUCCCACUUAAUUCAGCUUCCAACCAGCCGAAUUUAUAAAUGUCUGUAGGCUGUUCUUUUUCUGACAGUGAGGCUUCAGGUGUGGAUAUUUCUUCCCUUGAUCUGGUCGCUUCAUCAGGGCAGCAGGCACUGCUUUCUCUCCCAGGGCUCUCAGAAUACUUUCAGUAUUUACAGAAGUAAUUCUACACACAGCAGGUAAUGCUAACAACCUCCUGCCAUUUGGAUUUGGUUUACACAUGUGCCAUUUUGUACAAUAUCUUACACUCCUUGUAAAUUCCCCUCUUUCUCUUCGUCCUCGCCAACAAGCGCGUUGAUUUUAAUGUAAUUAUUGGUUUGUUUACAGCCGCAAGGGCGCGGGGGGUUUCCACACAGGGUCCUGUCGGCUGAAUAUGAAUAGAAACCUCAGUCAUGCAAGUCAACUGUACAUACUGUAGGUAGGGUGUUAUAAAGAUGCCAUCAGUAAAUCUCAGCAAUAUAAUUUAUGAACAAGCCUUAAUUGAUGUGUCAGUAAAUUUCAAUUUUGUAUAAAAUACAAAAGCUCCGUUUUUAAAAUUCAUCUGUACAUUACGCCAUUUUAGCAGACCGCAGUAAUGUUUGGGCUUGAACUGCACGCUUAAGACAUGUAAUAUAUUUGUUGCUUAAAAUAUUGAAUGUAACUGCAAUUUGCUUUUCAUGACGAUAUAUCCCUCAUUUGAGCUACAGAAGUGAUGUUUUGGAUUAGGAUCAUGUCCGGUGGAUUUUUCAGUUCGGCAGCCGAAUAAAGAGACAUUUG